AUCCAGCUAAGCUUGCUUCAGUUAUUACUGAGAUUGUUGGAAAUGUUUUUGUUAACGAAGAAGAAGUAAACAGGCCAUUUAGCUUGGCUUCAAAAAGGCAAUUUGCAAAGGACUCUGUGGAAAGUAUGCGAGCACAGAAGUCAACAACAGGUUUUCAGGUUUCCUUCACACUUUUGAACUCUGAUCCAGACUCAGUCCUGACUGAAUGGGAUAUAGAGUCUGCUGUUCAAAAGUAUUUGGAUCCCUUCCUGUUGAAUUUUCCACAUUUGGAUAUAACUGUAGAUUCUCAGGUUUUGCAUUAUAGUAGCCUUCAAAUUAAUCCUAAAAAGGAUGGUGAAGUUUACUAUCUUCACUAUGAUGACUUACCUCAUAUGAUAAAUCCCAUAGAAGGCAAACUUGGUUCACAUAUUUCUUUAUAUCCCAGUUUAAACUUUGUGGUGUAUGUCCCGUCUAAGAAGCAUUCACCAAUUUACAUGAAAAAUAAGGAUGGCGAGCUGAGCAGUAGCAAUGCAUUCAUGAGUCCACAGUGGGGUGGCAUCACGAUUUACAAUCUGCCACGGACCACGUCGACGAAUAACACCAAACCACAACAGAUGACUGUGGAGAUGAAGCCAGUCAUGAAAGUCUUCCUAUCACAACUUAAAUUGUUACUGGGAAUGAUGCCUGUGAAUCCUCCAAAUGGUAUCGAAAUGAGAGUCGCUGAUGAUGCUGGGGUCGCAAGAUGGGAACAAGAGUCGCUGAUGAGGCUGAAGACAAUGGAAUAUUUAGCAACUUCUACGAUCACGUUGACGUCACUCGCACAGCUCCUCGGGAAAAUCAGCAACAUGGUGAUCAAUGAUCACAUUCAGCAACAAAUCGAGCAGGCCCUGGGUUCCAUUCAUCAGUCUACAACAGCUCUUCAAGAGGGAAACGUGACUGCAGCAGUCUUUGCAGCCAAAAGUGCUAUUAGAUCUUCAGAGGAAGCAUUUUUUGAACCAUCAAUACUGGAGCUGUUGUACUUUCCAGACGAUCAGAAGUACGCCAUAUAUAUUCCGCUGUUUCUACCCAUCAGUCUACCUAUUUUCCUGUCGUUGAGGCAGGCAGUGAAAUGGUACAGAGGACAAGACAAUGAAAACAAUGAAGACAAGAAAGACGAAGACAAGGAUAAGCAAGAUUGAAAACAGCUCUGAACCAAAAGAAUAACGAAGAUGACGGGCUGGGACGAGAUAACGUGGAGUCGUGUCAACCGAGUACAUGCGCAGUCUCACUUAAUGAGACGGGAGCUACAGGAAACCAUUCCACAACGACAUAAUUUUGAAUAUCAAAUAAUGCAGAGAUACGAGUUAUUAGUGAGGACUACAGGAAAAAACAUGCAGGUUAGAAUACGCGACCACAUGUAUCUGUAAUACAAGCGAGGAAACGUGCAAUAAAACACCGUGCAAAGCUCCAAGCGUACACUGGAGUUAACUCGCUUGGAACUGCGACAAAGUGGCAAACUGUCGACGACGAGAGAAACUCCCUCCUUAAAAUUUUUAGAGCGGUAGCUCAUACCAGAAUAUAACAUAUGCAAACCCAGCAAGAUGAAACACAAAGCUUCAGGAAGUUCCAGUUCUUUUGUAACAAAGAAUUCCAUAUUAGGAAUAUGCCGUUAAUUAACUAAAUAUCAAUUUAAGUAGCAGGAUUAAAUUAGAAUUCCAUCUUUUUAUUGCGAAUGAGUAUUUUGGUUGUCUAAGAUAAAUUUUACUCCAGCGUAGGUCACGUUCAUCCUAAAAUAAAGUAGAGGUACUCGUUCAAAACAAAGUCUUUGUACUUUAUAAAAUAUUGCUUUGUUAAAUAUGUUAUAUUCUAAACUUGUCCGCUCUAUAUGAUAGAAUAGUAGGUUGUGAAAGGAUCUACAUCGAGAAUCUACUGAAUAAAAUAGCUAAGCAUACAAUUUUUUACGAAAGGAAUAAAAAACGCGCCAAAUGCAUUGUUGAGUUAUAUAAGCACUUGGGAAUUUUUAAGAACACUCGAGACGUGCUAGAAGCAUGAGCCGAAGGCGAGUGCUUCUUCGCACUUCUCUCCUGUUCUUAAAAAUUCCCGCGUGCUUAUGUAACUCAACAAUGCUCGAGGAACAAGGUUUUUUUUCCUGUCAUGAAAUGUAUCGUGAAUUGCGCGCGCUCGUACCGAUGACGUAGGCUGCGUUCAUUAUGGAAAUAUAAUGAACUCGUUCUGACCAAUCACAGCGCGCGCAUUUCUCUUAACAUUUUAUAAUCCCAAAUAGAAAAUACGAUUACAGCUAUCACCUGUCCGUAGUAGUAUGUACAUAGAAGGUCGCAUGAUUUUACAAGUAAUUUAAAAAAACCAAAUCACUAAGAGAGGAGUGCAUUAUUUUUUUUAUGUAGCUAAAAGUUAUUGUUUUCAAAAUCGUCGAGUGAUAUUUGCUAGUCAACUUCAACUUUUGUCUCUGACAUUGCGCGGACGUCUUCGUGUCUUUAAAGACCAGCCCUGUAUUAAAGAGAGUAUAGAGUCAA